CAGCAGAGCGAACAACACAGAGAAGAGAGCUUCACUCCACUCAUGGAUUUUCCCUGGAAAUGGGUCCUCACUAUUUCUCUGGUGGCCAUCUGUCAUGCAGCUGCAGACCCACCGAGUCAUAUGAAUCACUUCAUCCAAGUUGUGAAGUGGAUCGAAACUGAGAUUCCUGGACUACCGCCUAUUGGCUUGGUGAAGGAACUGCGUAAAUCAGCACAGUUGGACAGUCCCUUCAUUAAACGCUAUUUGGGGGCUUUGGAUGACUGUAAGGCUGUUUUGAACUCCACUGUCUCUGAGUAUCUGUCAACAGCAAUACAUCACAAGGUGACAGAGUCAGGUGUGGAGAAGGGUGUUGUCCUCACCAGUGAUGGCACAACUGUUGCUUUGGCUCCUCUCCUACUGGGCAUUGAAGCUGGCCUGCAGUCAGUCUCCAAAGGCCGUGUCCGUGGACUCUACCCACUUGCGCUGUCCAAAACCUUGGCUGUUUCUUUUCUCCAUCACUCGAGAAGCUCUUCGACCACUCACCGCUUGGGCCCAGAUGGAUGCUGGGAUAGUGUGACCUCCCCUAAGGUGUUCACCCUCUCAGGAGUUCCCUCUCUGGCCACUGACGCUCAGGUGAACGGGGGCAUGGAUGGAGUGAUUCUGGGAAUGGAAGUAUCUAACCCUUCCCGUCGUCCCAACAAGCUGAGCACCUUACUCAACCAAUACUACAACUACCGUCUUAGGGCCAAGGGGCUGGACAGUGCUCCCAGGCUCAUUAGCACCCGACGCAGGCAGAACUUUGUACGCUUCUCAAGACCUGGUUACCUGAAGAGGCAGGUGAAAGGCACCUUGGCUGUGUACGAGAAGUUAAAUAGAGACAAAGGGAAACAGAAGAAGACAAGUGAAGCAAUGCUUGAAAGGAUUAUAGAGGGAGGAAUCAAAGCCUUUGACCACAGAUACACCGAAUGUCCAGCCAUCAUUCCACGCUGCCAAUGGGGAGCAGAACCAUAUCGCGGCACCCCAACACUUCUCUCUCUGCCUCUGUCGUUCCUGUACAUUCACCACACAUCCACACCUGGCCAGCCUUGCCUGACUUUUGAAGAGUGUUCCAGAGACAUGAGAUCUAUGCAGCGUUUCCAUCAGGAAGACCGCGGUUGGGAUGAUAUUGGAUACAGCUUCGUGGCGGGCUCUGAUGGCUACAUUUACGAAGGUCGUGGUUGGCACUGGCGAGGGGCUCACACCAAGGGCCACAACUCCAAGGGCUAUGGGGUCUCAUUCAUCGGGGACUACAUGGAGACUCUGCCAUCUGAAAAUGCUAUGAACCUCGUAAGGCACAAACUGGCAAUGUGUGCCGUAAGUGGCGGACGCCUGGUGUCAGAUUAUAUCGUGCAUGGACACAGACAAGUGGUGGCCACCUCCUGCCCUGGCGAUGCCUUCUAUAAAAAUGUGCAAACCUGGGAGCACUACAGGGAAGUCCAGAGCUGAAGAUUGCAGGGCAGAGGGAACUUAUCUUGAAGCAAGUUGCCUACUUCAGAUGAUUAAAUUACUAAUAACUUCAUAAUACGAUUGCUUCUUUAUUUGUACUUUAACCUUGUGUGGACAGAGGGCAGGACAAAAAUGUAAUUGCACUCCUCCCUGUCAUUAUAUCAUGACAAAUAUGUCAGGUAUCAGAAAAAUAAUACACAAUAAUGCACAUUACCACCUCCAAAAUGUAUUAUUUUUCUUGAUAACAAACACCGCGUUGUCCAUUAUUCCUUACUGAACAUACAAGUAAGAAUUGAACUGUUGAACAAUAUCCAGUAAUUAAAAUUGAAUUGUUGAAUCAGGAAUUUCAAAUCUACACAGGAGAGAUGUUAAACUCCUUUUUGCUUUUUACCAUCAGAAUCAAAUCACUACAUUAAUAUUGUGACUAAGAAAUAAAUUGCAGAUAUAUAUCUUCAA